UUCACUAACCUCGCAUGAUAAUGUUAAAUGUGGUGAAAACUUGUGAUUGUGAAAUGUGUUUGUCAUAUGACGAAAUUGUACCUUGUUCCGUGACUACUGUGAUGUGACGCCAUUUUCUUCGUGAAUGCCAAUUAACGAUAUUCUUCGGUAUUUUCGAUACAUUUUGGUGUAAUGGAAAGCUGUAGGAUUGUAUAGGAACUGCAUAAUGUUGACGUUCAUCUUAUACGCCUGGUGGAGUAACUAUUCAUUGUGAUGCCGGUGGAUGCUGACUUCAACUGCACAGUCGUGGUGACACCUAGUUGUGAGCUGAAGGGCCUUCGUACUUGGAAAGACAUUUGCCUAGUUAGAAAUUCACUUUUUCAACAUCAGGGCCCUAUACGUUCCUGACAUAGAAAGAAGUAGUGGCAGGACAUCGGCGCAUGCCGUUAACAACGAUACAGCAAGGAGAUAAACCCGUAUAAAUCAUAACAUUUUAGUGCAUUCACUGUGAGCGUUGUGAAACUGUGCGUUACAUACAAGUGCAAUAUACUGUUAGUGCAAUCGACUGACGAGGACACAUUUGUUUUAUAUUUAAAGUGAAAUUUGAACUAUGGAGCGUGAAUCGAAUCCUAUGGAGGCGCUGUGCCGUUCAGGUUGUGGGUUCUACGGAAACCCAUCGACGGAUGGCCUUUGCUCAGUUUGCUUCAAGGAGGCGCUAAAAAAGAAGCAGCAACCACCUGCGACGACGCCUUCCCCGGUGUCAUCCUCAUUUGUACCCGCUCCAGUGCCCGCCCCCGUCCCCGCUACGCCGCUCGCCGCCGCUACACCCACAGUGCCUGCCCUACCUGCGCAAACGCACACGCAGACAGAUAAAUUGGAGGACGAGAGCGGCGCGGGCACGAGUGCGGGCGCGUCUGACACUGACGCGGACGACAAGGACCCCAGUAAGGACAAGAAAAAGAAGAAUCGGUGCGCUGUCUGCCGCAAGAAGGUUGGACUUACAGGUUUCGAAUGCCGAUGUGGCGGCCUAUUCUGUGCGGUGCACCGAUACAGCGACAAGCACGAUUGUUCCUUCGACUAUCGGGAGCUCGGAGCGCAAGAGAUCCGGCGCAAUAACCCCGUGGUUGUCUCCCAGAAGAUCCACAAAAUAUGAGCCCCACAUCGCUAAAGGCAAGGCCCGACGGCCUCGAUCUAAAUUCUAUUUAGGUUUAUUCGCGAGUUUGCUUUUAAAAGGAGAUUGGGCAAUCGUUCUAGAGCGCGGGUUUUUCAUAUGCACAAAUGGUUUCAGCAAAAUCUUUCAAACUUUGGUGUUUUCGCUUCUAUGGCUUUACCGAUGAAGCUUUAUCGAAUUCUAGUUGUAGUUACUUCCGUACGAUACGUUCUUCGUUCACCGCGCCCGGCGACUUGCUCAAUCUCGUUUCUAUGAAAACGUGUAGAUAUGUUCAUUUCGGGUAGGAUAUUAAUGAUUAAUUUGAGAUGUAGUUUGAUUGUCCAUUCACCUCCAUUGUAAAUAUUAGAUUUAAUUAAUUAUAGAUACAAAUACUAUAUAUUGUAAAAAAGUAAAACUCCAAAAAAAGCUACAUUGUUAAAACUCCGUCGACGGGCGUGCUUGAGUGACAAUUGUAAGCUAAUUGCCGGACGACGUUUGGAUCGUUGUAAAAUUGUACAGAAUUUACGCUCAUUUGAUUCGACUGCACUAAGACUGACUCGAGCGACUCGGUUUCACACUUGACGGACGUCUCAACGUCUUUGACGGCAACGAGCGCUCGCGUCGGUCGCGGUGCCCGAAUAACGCCUUUCCAUUUAACGGCUCGUUUUCUUUAAACGGCCGUUUAGAGUUAGUAACGGGUCGUUAAAGUGAACUCGGCUAAAAUGGUUUGAAAUUGUUUGUUACGGUUUGGGAAGAUGCUUUGUUGGCAUAGAGUUGCGAUUGUGUGUAUCGGCUAAGAGCGGCGGGUUCCUUGGGCCCGCCCGCUCCACGUGUGAAAAUUACAAGUAAGCCUAUAGUUAUACAUUUAUAAGUAGCGGACACUUUAUAUUAUUACACAUUAUAUAAGUAGGAAAGAAUUAUUUAGCUUUUUUUUCUUUUAAUCACAUAUUCAAAAUUGUAAGUUGUAUGUAACUCGUUAGCUGCUUCGAUCGCUCCACGACUAACACGAUCGUUAGACUUAAUUAUUUGAUGACUUUUGUUGUAUAUUUUGUUAGGUCAUUGAUUAAUUUUGGUCUUUUGCUUAUAAUCAGGAUAAAGAUGUUAAUAACGGAUUUUUCUUCUAUCUUGCUGUUUUAAUUUAGUUAUUCUUCUAUUAAAGUCAUUAAAUUUCCAAGAACA